AUGAUCCUCGUCGGCGCCGUCGCGGCGACGCCCGCGGCGGGCGCGGCGCGCAGACCGCGGCGCGCGAACCGCGCGACGUGGCGUCUCCCGGGGAGACUCGCGCGGGUCGUCGCAUGUAACAACAACCGCCUCCGCGAUGAUCGCUGGGCACCGCGCGCGCCACCGCGCGGGCGCGACGCGGACGCGACGCGACGUCGCGCGGCGGUCGACGACGCGAGCGCGCCGCGGCGGCGCGAGGACGACGAGCCCGCGGACGCGCCGGCGGUGCCCGCGAUGGACGUCGUCGCGCCGCCGAGGUCCGUCCUCGCGGACCCCGACGCGUUCCGAGCAGCGCGCGCGGAGGCAUCCAACGCGGUUCGCAACGAGAGCGCUCUCGACGCGUCGUCGAAGACGCGCGGCGCCGCCGCCGCGAUGAGAGCGAGCGCCGCGGUCCUCCUCGGCGGCGCCGCGCUGUUCGCCGCGGCGGCGGCGCUGCCCCUCGACGUCCUCCCGGGGGUCGCGCCUCGCGCCGCGGUCGCGGCGACGGCGACGGCGAGCGCGGCGACCGCGACCGACGACGCGGAUUCGGAUUCGUCGAGUCUUCUUCGUCGAAAGCCGCCGUCGACGUCCAACGGCGCGUAUUACAACGAGUUCGGCUGGCGCGACCACGCGCAGUAUCGAAUGGCGAAGAUCUUCGCGCUGCCUCUCCUGGGCAAGAUCGCGUUCUUCUUCCUGCUCGUCGCCCCCAUGGUGCUCGUCGGCGGCGUGUUGUAUAAGAUCGUGGACAAAGACGAGACGUGGUCCGACGCCAUCAUGACGUCCUUCUACCUCCUCAACAACGUCCCCGGCGCGGACGCCACCACGGACACGACCCCGCACCGAGAAAUCGUCACGCAGUUCAUCGUGUUCGUGGGGAUAUUCCUCUUCGCGGUCAUCAUCGGCAUCAUAUCAGACGAGAUCGCGUCCAAGGUGGAGGAGGUCAAGACGGGCAACUCGACCGUCGUGGAGACGGGGCACACCGUGAUCAUGAACUGGAACGCGCAGCUGGUGCCGUUGCUCAAGCAGCUCGCGGUGGCCAAGGCGGAGCGUCCCGGGACGUUCGACGCGCCGAUCGUGAUCCUCGCCAACGUGGACAAGGCGGCGAUGGACGAGACGAUCGCGGAGGAGCUCGCGGAUUCGCCGCCGCUGGACGUCGUCACGCGGCAGGGGGAUCCGUUCGUCGCCGAGGAUCUGUCGCGCGUCAACGCGUUCGCCGCUCGCCGCGUCGUCGUGCUGCAUCCCGAGACCGCGGAGGAUUACGACGGCGACGGAAUCGAGGCCGCGGAUCUCAGCGGCGAGAUCGACGCCGCGCGGUUAUCGCAGCUGAAGGACCCGUUCGAGUCCGUCAGCGAGCUGUCGAAGCGACGGCAGCUCGAGGAGGCGAACAAGGCGACCGUGGUGAUGAACCUACGCGGCGCGAUCGAUCGCGCGGGCGGCGGCGGGGCGAACCCGGAGCUGAUCGUUCAGGCGCGUUCUAUACACUGGUCCCCAUACGACCGCGUCGGCGUGGUGAACGCGAUUCCUUAA